AUGUCGCUUUCUCAUCCUGCUAAGUCUCCAACACAAGAAUCUCUCCCUCUCCCACCCUUUCACCCACCUCAGAGCCGCCGCCCCCAACGCAAGCGUAUACUCAGUCUUCUAAUUUAUCUUGUGCUCCUGGUUGAUGUUCAGGGCGUCAGAUCCCUUGCUUGCGCCGACUCUUGGCUCCCAUCCUUGAUCAUGUUGCGUGUCUGGUCAUCUCAAAAUGAUCUAAAGUGUACGCAGACGAAAACAUUCGCUAUAAUCACGUAUGAACAGUACGACUGGUCCGCCAAAACCAUACUCGACCCAGGCUCGAGCGGCCCCAGCGCCGUGCAGCAUUUAGAUAAGCUGCAGGACACGUUGGUGGCCGAGGGUCACCUUAUCCCACCUGCUUUGGGAAAGGUGACCGAAGCUGAUCCGGCCUGGCUUCGCGGAUACGCCAGAGAUCAUACAAAGCAGACUCCCACGGCCACUCAGCACCCGAAGGUGAACCUGGUUAUUCUAGGAAUCAUCAAGGGCUCAGAUAACUACUGGGAUAAGGCUAUUAUGCUUUGCGUUCAAUAUGAAUGCCACAAGGCUGGUAUUCGGAUCCCAUGGGAUAAGGCCGUACACAGAUUGAACCCGGGUUCAAGCGGCCCUAGCGCCGUUCAGCAGUUGGACAAACUGCGAGAUACCUCGGUUGCCCGAAGCCUCAAACAAGAUAAUAGAGGUUCAUGGAAAAAGCGUGGAACUCGAACUCCCCUCUUCAAACAUAAUGUUGAUGGUCACGCAGACCCAGCCGAGCUCAGCUCGCUUCUGAAGAUGAGUACAACCCAAGCAAGAAGAAGAGUGGCCAGGCGAGAAGCGCUUGCUCUGCUUGGCCGCGGACAAUCUUGUUCGAUGAAGACAAAUCAGUUCGGCACCCCAACUCCUAGGCAAACAGCUCUCGAUAUCAGUGCCAUCAGGCUGGCAUUCGCAUCCCAUGGGACAAGGUGGUUAUCGAAUCUGACAACUGAACAAGCUACAUCCGGAUCCAAAGCUGAGGGAGCGGAGCCGCAGAAAGGUGACAAGAGCAACAAUAGAUCAGGUCCGAAGGACGAUAACACUAUCUACGCCAAGCUCAAGAGCGAAAAGAAGGCGAAGCACCUAAUCCAAGACGUUGUGGAUAGCCUUCCGGUACAAGUUUCCGAGCUGCAGAACUGGAACAACGCAGUAACUUCAAUACCAGAAUUUGCUACUGGCAAACCAACACUGCUUUCCCCUCUAACUCACUACAUUCUCCGCUUUCUCUAUACCGCGGAGCUUCAUCAUUCUGCAAAGCCUUCUCAAGGCGCCGGUCAUAAAUACGGGCAUCAGAGGUGGAGAGUCGAGAGGCUUGAAUCCAAUGCGGAUGGCGCGAGCAACUUCCUUCUAUCAUGGUGCCUAUCAACUGCAGCCGAGACUAGUUGCGUGCACAAUCUCUAUUGGGCGCAUCUUGCCAGGGGUUUUUACCGGCUUUAUUUGAUGCCCUUGAUCAUUGAUUCCACUCUGGCUAAGCGACCUUCCCGUGGGCUUGGUUUGGCCAUCAGUAAAGCCCAAUUUCGCAAGAAAAGAAUGCACACAAAGUCCAGUGGCCCAUACAAUACCUCUUCGUAUCCUACCGAGCCCUUAGGCUUAUGCUUCACGACCGCCGAUGCCUCGUACCAGAUGAAUUCGUUCAAGCAGAAUGAAUCACACACUUACUUACUUGUGCCAUCAUCUUUGAUUCUGUCCUCCGCCAUCAGUCAGUUGGUGGAAGAGCAUGUCUGCUAUUAUAACUUGCCAGCCCGACGGGAAGCAACAGUCCUGGCUCUCCACGAGCACUCGAUUCAUCUGUCCCGCGCAAAAGCAGCACCAGCAGGACAUAACUGCGAGCACUCUCCUACACGCGAAACACGUCGAAGAUUACACGAGCCCUUCACUGGCGUCUUCACCGACGCUUCUGGGUAA